AUGCCCACGGUCGUCGUAUCCCACAGCCAGGCGCUAGCGGCGUACCUUGUGGCGGCGUCUCUACGCCUUUACUUCCCUUCUCGAAAUUUGAAGAUCAUUGUGGUGGAAUCACUAGACACCAACCUCACGAGUCAGCCUUACUGUGGUAUCAGCACAGUGUCCAACCAGCGGCUUGUUCACGGAGAUUUUUUCGAAAAUGCAUUCUUCCGAGGCGUCUUGCAAUCAGCAUUGUCGUUUCUUGGCUCAAUUCAAUUACAUAGUUUGGGAAGAAGGAAUCACCCUGACUUUCCCCAGAAUCAGCACGGUAUAAGGGCUACCAUAGGGCUGCCGGACCAGCACAUAGCUCUUCUUUAUCAUCCACAGAUUCUUCUACAUCGUCUACGCCAGUCGCUUCUUGCAGACCCACUGGUUACAUUUUUAUCAGUGCCAAACAGAAAUGCAGUAACCCAAGUCAGGGCAGAUUUGUACAUUACAUUUGCACCUGGAGAAGGCAAUAACAAAAUGAAUAACUUGGAUCUCACGGCCCAUUCUUGUCUAUGUCCCGUGGAAGGGCUGUCGGCACCAGUGCUUUGGUUGCCGUUGUUCAAGGCAACCACCCAGAUGUUCGAGGCCAUUUUCACCAACACCCUUUCUAGCUCGGCUUUGGAGAUCCACACUGUCAAUCUAAACAACAACGAAAUCUGCUUUGCCUCGCGGUACGACUUGAACCACGGCAUCAAGGCAUGCGAUUACGUGCUUCUGAUCAUGGACGGCCUUGCGGCAAGAUUAGGCCUCGUUCCGUCGAUGCUAUGA